UCGGUGUGUCCGCCGCGCGCAGUGUAGCUCCGUCAAGCACCGCGGACGGGGUCCGUGCAGGCGGGCGUGCUGCUUGCAAUGGCGAGACGGCUGAACGAGGAGGAUCCGGGAGACGAUAAUACAACUCCAGCACGUGCGGCAGCUGUAUUACCACCGCCACCGCAGCCAGCGUCGGCAGGACUGCACCAGUCAGCAGCACCACCGACCCUUAUUGUUGCUCUGUUGCCAACGCCUUCGUCACUAUGUCUGGAUCCAGAGGCAGAAGAGCCAGCUGCAAAUACUCUGGCCUCAACCACACUUCCGCAAACUUCAUACGCAGCAGCUGUGUCUGAACUAGCAACAUCUGCAUCUGCUUCAGCUACACCAGCUCGAGAUAAGAACGUGAGCCCCCCGCCAGCGACACGCCGGCGAGGUAUUCUGAAGUCACACUACCUGGUGUUUGGGUUCCUCGCCUUCGGAGUGCUGGUGCUCAUCGGGAGCCUGGUGUUCACCAUAUUGUCGAGUAAAGAAGCCGCUCCCGACCCCGCCGAGGAGUGGAGCGUGGUGCCGCGCAGUGAGUGGGGCGCCAGGCCGAGCACGGGCGCGGUGCCGGCCAGGUCUCCCGCCCAGUACGUCGUGGUGGGCCACGCGGGGACGGCGCGGUGCGCGACGCGGCCGCAGUGCCUGCCGCUGGUCCGGGAGCUGCAGGCGCUGCACCUGCGGCGCGGCUACUCCGACGUGGCGUACAACUUCCUGGUGGGCGGCGACGGCGCCGUGUACGAGGGCCGCGGCUGGCGCGUCGAGAGCCCGCUGGCGCCCGCCGGGCUGCGGCCCAGCCUCUCCCUGGGGCUGCUCGGCGCCGCCUCCAGCCCGCCGCCCCCCGCCGCCCAGCUGGCGGCCGCCCGCAGGCUCAUCCGCGUGGGCGUCGACACCGGCUACGUCGCCGCCAACUACACCCUGCUGGCCGAGUCCCUCACGGACGGCGACGAGCUGGUCCGGGAGCUGAGAACGUGGCCCCACUGGCCCGCGGGCUCUUAGCGCUGCACCGAGGCCGCCGCGGCUGAGUAAACCGCGAAUCUCACAUGAAGCGCGACGGGCCUUCGUUACGGAUCUCCAGAUACGUCUGCUCUGACUCGGCGUAGACCGCGACGUGUUAACGAGCAACACUGCAUUUUCUUAUGCUGACAAAUUAGAAGGAGCCAUCUGGUUUCCUCGGUAAAAGUUUUCUAAAGCCAAGAUCGCACAAAUAUUUCCUUGUUUACAAACAACAGGUUUCGGCAAAUUUUCCUGUCAUCUUCAGGUCUUCGAAAAUGUAUGUUAUAAAAUGUAUUCAUUUUCAGUUGGACCUCACACCAAGUUGUCACGUAGAUAAAAUGUAGCACAUCAUUUAAAGGUUUUCGUAAAUAAAACAUUUAAUAUGGCGAAACACUUUGUGGACAUGUUCGUGUAAGUAGCACGUACAGAUGAUUUUUACGUCAUAAAAAAACAGACUACAAAAUAAAAUGCAGAGCAGCACAUCUAUUAACGUUAGCUGGACAUGUUCUAAUCGCUGAAGAUCUUCAAUCGUUGAGGAUCUUCGAACACUGAAGAUCAUCAACGAUUAGAAUAUGUCCAGCGAACGUUGUCACAUGUGCUACUGGGCAUUUUGUUGUGUACUUUUUAUGACGUAACAAUCAUCUAUGAGCGCUAUAUACAGGGUGAGUCGCGUAAGACGUAACACCCCCAUUACUCCGGGGGCGAUUGCACGUAUAGACAAGUGGUGUUCGGCGAAUCAUAGCCGACUACACGGCACAUACUUUGGUACAUGCAC